GGCGGGUCUUCCGGAAGCCCACCCUUCACCCGGAAAUGGUUACUGAGGAACAUGGCGUUGCUGGUGCGAGUCCUUAGGAACUACACCAACAUUUCCCAGUGGGUUCCAGUAUGCAGCAGAUUGUUUCCAGUGUGUCCUAUUCAAGGACAGUGGGGCAGGACUCUGUCUGGCACUUCCCAGUGGCCCCAGAUGAGCCAAUCCCAAACCUGCAGUGGAGCAGAAGAGAUUCCAGGAAUAGAUGUACAACAGAGCAGGAAGUAUUAUACCCCAAAUAAGCUUCCUACGAUCAAAGAUUUCCCACAGCCUGUGGAGGAAAAGGUUGGAAUCUUCACAAAGAUAAUAGAAGCCAUGGGAUUUACAGGACCUUUGAAAUACAGUAAAUGGAAGAUUAAGAUUGCAGCCCUGCGCAUGUAUACUAGCUGUGUGGAGAAAACUGACUUCGAGGAAUUCUUUCUAAGGUGUCAGAUGCCCGACACAUUCAAUUCAUGGUUUCUUAUAACCCUGCUUCAUGUCUGGAUGUGUCUAGUCAGAAUGAAGCAGGAAGGUCGGAGUGGGAAAUAUAUGUGUCGCAUCAUCGUUCAUUUUAUGUGGGAAGAUGUGGAGCAGCGUGGUAGAAUCAUGGGGGUUAAUUCUUAUAUCCUGAAGAAGAAUAUGCUUCUUAUGACAAAUAAUUUCUACGCAUCAAUCUUGGGAUAUGAUGAGGGGAUCCUCUCCGAUGACCACGGGCUGGCUGCUGCCCUCUGGAGAACCUUCUUCAACCAGCAAUGUGAAGACCCUCGGCAGCUUGAGUUGCUGGUGGAAUACGUGAGGAAACAGAUGCAAUACCUGGAUUCCAUAGACGGUGAAGACCUGCUACUGACAGGGGAGGUGAGCUGGCGCCCUCUGGUGGAGAAGAAUCCACAGAGCAUCCUGAAGCCUCAGACUCCCACUUACAAUGAUGAAGUCACAGAUAGACAGUUCUUGUUGCAGACCAGGCAGACCCAGCAACUUGUAACAUGCAGCCAGCGCUUGAAGGAGCCAGAUUGGAGCUGUCAUGUCUGUCAUGGUCUAGAGCCCUCACUUGUGGCUCUCAGGGUCUGUCACCGCUCACCUACUCCCCUUCCUCAGCUGAGAUAAAACCAGGUAUCCUGCCUGGGAGGUCUUGGGCUGUUUGACCUCUGUCCCUAUUCCAGCCUAUGUUUAUGAGUCUAAUCGAUUUCUUUCCUAACCAUCUGAACCCCCUGGCGUUACCUGGGAGCCUGCUGUGUUGCCUUU